UUGGUGUUUUAUAUACCUGUUCCUCCAAAUUUGUCGACCCUAAGAGCUGUUAAUGAAAAGAGCUCCCAUAGAGUCGACCCGUCGAACCCUUACUCUCAUCAUUUCGCAAAAAGUGCGAGAUACUUGACAAGUCGAGUGGGAGCUCAAACUCAGCCCGCACCUGUAUCCACUCAAUCUCCUGUACUACUUUUAAUUCAACCGUUGAAUCAAAAAGGAUUUCGCAGGUCUAAAUCAAAGUUAGGUCUUGAUUCGUUUCAGAAUGGCUCAAAAAAUGAUAGUGAAGGUGGUGGAGGCGGAAAUCAAAAUGAAGGUAAUAGUGGUGGUGGUGAUGGUGACA